ACAUGGCCCGUAAUUGUUCCUGAAGUUUAUGUGUAGAAGAGAGGAGGAGGAAGGAAAGAAGUCUAGGAAAGCUCCCUUUCACCUUCUCUCUCCACCAAACACUUCUUGGUAGGAGAAUUGGCAGAAAAGCUUCCCCUUUGCUCCUUUAAUUACCCCUGGUGAUUACCUAGCUCAUAAGAAUAGAAGACCGGACAGGGAGAGGGUUGGGGAGGAGACACAGGUAUUGCCAAGAAGCUUGUGGGGAUCAAGAACAUGAGGUGGGUCUUGGCCAUCGCCGUUCUUGCUGCUGCAGCAGUGCUCUUCCUUGGGUCUGAGGCACAGGAGGUGCAGCAGGGCCACCAGACAGAGAGGAUCUCAGGUAGUGCCGGUGAUGUGCUAGAAGACGAUCCUGUUGGGAAGCUCAAGGUUUACGUCUACGAUCUCCCCGGCAGAUACAACAAGAAGCUGCUGGAGAAGGAUCCCAGGUGCCUGGACCACAUGUUCGCCGCGGAGAUCUUCGUGCACCGGUCCCUGCUGUCCAGCGCCGUCCGAACUCUCGACCCCGAGGAAGCGGACUGGUUCUACGCGCCCGUGUACACGACGUGCGACCUGACGGAUUCGGGCCAUCCCAUGCCCUUCGAGUCUCCGCGGAUGAUGCGCAGCGCGAUCCGGCUGGUCGCCACGAGCUGGCCGUACUGGAACAGGUCGGAGGGGGCCGAUCAUUUCUUCGUCACGCCACACGACUUUGGCGCUUGCUUCCAUUUUCAGGAAGAGAAAGCGAUGGGACGGGGGAUCCUUCCAUUGCUCCAGCGUGCCACACUGGUCCAGACCUUUGGGCAGAAGAACCAUGUCUGCCUCAAGAACGGCUCCAUCACCAUCCCGCCGUACGCGCCUCCGCGGAAGAUGCAGGCUCACCUGAUCCAUCCAGGCACCCCUCGAUCCAUCUUCGUGUACUUCCGCGGCCUGUUCCACGACACCAGCAAUGAUCCCGAGGGCGGUUACUACGCGAGAGGUGCCCGCGCGUCCGUCUGGGAGAACUUCAAGAGCAACCCGCUCUUCGACAUCUCCACCGAUCACCCGGCGACGUACUACCAGGACAUGCAGCGGGCGGUGUUCUGCCUGUGCCCGAUGGGCUGGGCUCCGUGGAGCCCCAGGCUGGUGGAAGCCGUGGUGUUCGGCUGCAUCCCCGUGGUCAUCGCGGACGACAUCGUCCUGCCCUUCGCGGACGCCAUCCCGUGGGAGGAGAUCGGCGUGUUCGUUGCCGAGGAGGACGUCCCGAGGUUGGACACCAUCCUGACGUCCAUCCCGGCGGAGGUGGUGCUGAGGAAGCAGCGGCUCCUCGCGAGCCCGGCGAUGAAGCGGGCCGUGCUCUUCCCGCAGCCUGCGCAGCCGGGAGACGCGUUCCACCAGAUACUGAACGGCCUCGCGCGCAAGCUCCCGCACGACGGCGAUGUCUUCUUGGAGCCCGGGCGGACGGUCCUCAGCUGGACGGCUGGCCCGCCGGGCGACCUCAAGCCUUGGUAGCCUUUACAUCACCAUGGCCGCGUAAUGCUGAACAUAAGCCAAAUGUAAUUUUUGUAUCUUCUUUCUCCAUAGCUGAUAGAUGUGAUCUCGUUUCUCCCUUUACUAUAGAUGACGGGAUAAAAAAUACAAAUAUCAGUCAAAAAA